AUGCAGAGAAUGGUGUGGAGAGGAGGAGCGAUUGUUUUUGGAGGAAUGUUGGGUUAUUUCGGAAAGAAUUAUUUGAGAGAUUUUAAAAAAGAGUUUUUAGAAAAGAAGAUGCAAGUAGAUCACUUGUUGUUUACUAGUAAAUUGUUAAAGUUUAGGAAAUUUUCUAAUGGUGAUCCGAUGGUAGAAGAUAUUGAUUGUAAAUAUUUGGAAUUGAUUAGUGAUUAUUUGGUUUUUAAUUUAAAAUCAUUACCUAUGGAUGAUGGUAAUUUGAAAAGAAAUAUUUCUAGUGGAACUUGUUUUGUGACAAGUCCAAUGAAUGAUCCAUCUUGUGAAUAUAUUUAUUUGGUGACUGCUGCACACUGUGUUAUAAAUAAGGAGGGAAAGGCAAAGAAAGUUGGACUCAUUCCAAAGAAUAAGGAAGGUUCCAUAUCAAAUCAAAAACUAAAAUCGAAUAGUGGAGAGUUAAUCGAGUGUCAAAUAAUUUGUUGUGAAUAUGAUGGAGAUAGAGAUGUGGAUUUUGCAAUUAUGAAAUGUUCUAGGAAGGAAUUUUUGGAAAAGAAUGGGUUUACUGAGAUACCUAGUCAAUAUUUUGUGCCUAAGAUUGGUGAAUUUAAAGAAAAUGAUGAUAAUUUGAAUAAUAUAAUAGUUGGAUAUCCUUCAAAGUAUAAAGAAUAUAGAGAUAAGCGAGUACUAGAUUAUACUUUUGAAAAAUUGAAUGGGUUAAUGAUGACAUAUCAAAAGAGACCAGUAUUUUCUUUUGGAAGAUAUUUAAGAACGGAAAAGAGUAACUCAGAGAAGGCAGAUAUCACUAUUUUUACGAACACCAUCAAUAAGGGAUUCAGUGGCGGUCCUUCCAUUGAAUGGAGAGGUAAUACAUCUCAAAAUGAUACACUCCCUAAAUUUCAUGGUAUUGUGGCAUUGUUUGAUGAUGCUGGAUAUGGAUCUUUUAAUGUUUCGAAUGAAGAAUUUAGGCAGGCUUACUUUUCACAUAUUGAAAUUCCUUCAACAACUGGUCUAGAUAUAAAGAAAGCCAUCGAGGAAUAUAGAAAAUAA